ACUUUUUCAAGAAAAGAAAGCCAAAAGCUAAAGCAAAGCAACGAUGGGCGAUUGACCACGCGACCGAAAUCAAAACGUCAAAAUUUUCAAAUUUCCUGAUUGAAAACUCGCUUACCGGCUGAUAGAAACCUGUAAUCCUCAUUCAGCAACAUUGAAAGAGCUGUUACAACGCGGAAGGACCGAGGAAAACUCCAUGUGAAACUCAAUCAUGUCGAUUCUGAGAUUGGAAGGCACGCCGCGGCGGGCCAGCCUCUCCAGUUUGGCCACGCCGAAGGUCCGGUUCGCCCUUCCGACAGAAGUGGAGAGCAUCGUGACCAACUUCAUCAAUGGCACCAACGUUGAGGCGUACCAAGAACUGCUCAUGGCACUCAAAUCGGGCGACCAUCCUGACGAGAACCUCGGCAAGCUCCUGCACAGUUGCUACAGUUGCAUCAACCUGCUCGACCAGAGGGUUCAUGCCCUCGUCUCGGCCCUGAUCGGUCUCAACUGGAACACUUCCUCGGAAGCAUUGGCCCUGAUGUACCAACGCUUCAUACUCGAAUUAGUCGCCACCCAUAGUUAUUACACUAAGACUGUUCUAGAAAAUUUGCUGAAAAAAUUCUACUCGUCUGGAGAUCCUUGGCCGGGCACGAGACCGAGCAAAGAAGAAGAGCAGUCCUUCAAAAGAGUUCACAUUGCCAUCGAGCAGGUAUUGAAAAUCGUCCCCAUGUCCAGCAGCGUCCUUGUCCACGCCUGCACCGUUUGCUUCCCUUUCAUGAAAAGAGGUGCCAAGAUGAACCAGAGCUACAUUUACAACCUUUUCAAAAUCUGCGAGUACCACCCUGAAAUCCGACCGCAGAUCCUGUCGCUGAUUAUCAACAAAACCAUCGCCCUGGAUGUCCAGUUGCCGAGGCAGGCCCUUGAAGAUAUGGACGAGGAUGAGAUGGAGACGGAGGAAAAUAUGGAUGACACAAACACCGUCUUCACCAUGGAUGACGUUUCCCAGUCGGCAUCCAAGGUCACCCAGAGCAUUAGCGUGGACAUGCAGAAGCAGCUGGCGCAAACCCUGGACCUUCUGAUGGAGCAAAUUUUCAGCUACAUCCAGGAAUUUAUUACGCGGGGCGAGGAUGGGCAGCAGUGGAAGAUUUUCAAAGAGCUGUUGGCCAUUUUUGAGCAGCAGAUGCUCCUCGUUCAUGGCAGCCACCACGUGCAGUUCUUCAUGUUUUACCUUUGCACCCUCCAGUUGCCCUUGGCAGAGCUCUUCGUGGCCGCCCUGUGGACCAAGGUCACGCAGCUGGGCGAAAUUGUCACUGUCCGGCAGUCGGCAGCCCAUUAUCUGGCUAGUUUGGUGGCUCGAGGGCGUUUUUUGACUGUCAACGCCACUCGCUGCAUCAUUGCCCAGAUGUGCGAGUGGUGCCACGCAUACCUGGCCAUGCAUGACGUGCCAUCCUGCGACGUCAAAGCCCACGGCGUUUUCUACUCAGUCUGCCAGAGCCUUUUCUACAUCAUUGCCUUCAGACACGCCGAACUUCUGCGGACGGAAAAGGGCGUGGCCUGGAUGCAGAGCCUCGGACUGGCCAAGUUGGUCACCUCGAGGCUCAACCCGCUCAAGCCCUGUUUGUCUGCGGUGGCCCAAAACUUUGCUGCCGUCAUGAGGACUUAUCAGAUCGCCUAUUGCUACACAGUCCUGGAGAGAAACGCCCGAAUGCACUUGCCCACUGUGGACCAGUCCGGCCAGCAAAUCUGCUCAAAUCUCAACAGCUUUUUCCCGUUCGACCCGUACCUUCUACCCAGGUCAGCGCCUUUUGUUGUCGGACACUACCAGGAGUACAGGGCGCUGGAGCAGGACGAUGACUCGGAAAGUGAAGAGGACGAGGAGGAAGAAGAAAUGGCAGUCACGCCCAAAAAGGACAGCCUGUUUAUAGGCUCAGGAAGUUUCGGCGAACUUGUGUCACCGAAGUCCAAAUCUUCCUUGGAAAGAUUCAGCUACAGCUCCACUCCCGGCUUCAAACACAUAUGAAGAAGGAAUGAGGGUGUCCCUGGACUAAAAAUGUGAUCUAAUGUUAAUCCACAUCCAAUAUUUUUCAAGCGACUGAACGAAGGCGUUGGUUGUAAUGGGAGAGCAACAAAACUCCAGUUACUCAAAUUAAAAAAUUCAAAAAUAAGAAAACUAAAUAAAAAUGUUUCUUUU